AUGGCUUUAGAUAAUAUGGGUCUUUUUACAUAUUUUGUUAUAGUUAUUAUUUUGUGUGUUCUUUUUUUGAAUGGUCCUGCAAUUGCUAAUGAUCAUGAUGUUAAUAAAAAUGAACAUCAGCAUCCACCUGUUUAUGAAGAAAGGUUAAAAACUAAAGGGAAUAGGAGGUCUUUAACACUUUUACCUAUAGUAGUUGGAGGUGAGAAGGCCGCUGCUGGUGCUGCUACAACUGAUAAAAUUAUACAUGGUAGUGGAGGAGCAAAGGCUGGAGUAGGAGGCGAAUUCCAGAGUAGUGGAAACAUUAUUGGUGCGGGAGGAGUAGGAGGAGGAGGAGGAGGAGGUAUAGGUGGCCAUGCUGGUAUGGCUGGUGGGGGUGGUUUUAAGUUUGGGUUUAGAGGUGGAAUGAGAGCAGGACUUGGUGGAAGUGGUGCCGCUAGUGUUGGUGGAGAGGUAGGAGGCCGUGCCGGAGGUGUUAGUAACAGUGCAACUAGUACAAGUGCCAAUCUUAAUGGAGAAAAGAGUAGUGAUGGCAAAGUUAGUAAUACUAGUAAGAUUGAGGGUAAAGCUGGUUUUGAAGGUAAAGUAGGAGGACAAGGAGAAGUUGGUGGAAAUAGUGGUGGAAGUGGUAACACUAGUGAUGCUGGUAAGGUGGGAGGGCAUGGUGGAGGUGUUGGUAAUGGUAAUACUGAUGCAAGUGGUACUUAUAAUGGUGAAAAAGGUCGUGAUGGAAAAGCUAGUGCUACUAGUAAGGGUGAAACUAAAGUUGGUUUUGAAGGUAAAGUAGAAGGGAAAGGAGACGGUGGUGGAAAAAGUGGUGGAACUAGCAGCACUAAUGUUGUUGGUGGAGAUGUUGGAAGUGGUAGUACUGAUGCAAGUAGAAGCAUUAUUGGUGCAGGAGGAGAGGGAGGGGGAGGAGGUGAUGGUGGUAGUGAUGGAAAGGGUGGAGGUGCAAGUGUAGGUGGACAUGCUGGUAUGGCUGGUGGGGGUGGUUUUAAGUUUGGGUUUAGAGGUGGAAUGAGAGUAGGAUUUGGUGGAAGUGGUGGUGCUAGUGCUGGUGGAGGGGCAGGAGGCCAUGCCAAAGGUGUUGGUAGUGGUGCAACUAGUACAAGUGGUAGUAUUGGUGAAGCAAAGAGUAGUGAUGCUAAAGCUAGUGGCAACUUUAGUAGUUCUAGUGGGGUAAAAGAACAAGGUGGAGGAGAUGGUAGUGGUAAUAUAGAUGCAAGUGGUAAAGAUGAAACUAAAGCUAAAGUUGAAGGAAAAUUUGGAGGACAGGGAAAGGUCGAUGGAAAUAGUGGUAGAAGUGAUAGCUCUAGUUAUUCUGGUAGGGUAAAAGGACAAGGUGGAGGAGAUGGUAGUGGUAAUAUAGACGUCAGUGGUAAAGAAAAAGGACAAGGUAGAGGAGAUGGUAGUGGUAAUAUAGAUGCAAGUGGUAAAGAUGAAGGAAAAUUUGGAGGACAGAGAAAGGUCGAUGGAAAUAGUGGUGGAAGUGAUAGCUCUAGUUAUUCUGGUGAGGUAAAAGGACAAGGUGGAGGAGAUGGUAGUGGUAAUACAGAUGCCAGUGGUAGAGAAAAGAGACAAGAUGGAGGAGAUGGUAGUGGUAAUAUAGAUGCAAGUGGUAAAGAUGAAGCUAAAGCUAAAGCUGAAGCUGGAGGAAAUUUUGAAGGACAGGGAAAGGUCGAUGGAAAUAUUGGUGGAAGUGACAGCUCUAGUGAUUCUGGUGGGGUAAAAGGACAAGGUGGAGGAGAUGGUAGUGGUAAUACAGAUGCAAGUGGUAAAAAAAAAGGACAAGGUGAAGGAGAUGGUAAUGGUAAUACAAAUGCAAGAGGUAAAGAUGAAGCUAAAGAUAAAGCUGAAGUUGAAGGAAAAUUUGGAGGGAAGGGAAAGGUUGAUGAAAAUAAUGGUGGAAAUAACAGCUCUAAUGAUUCCGGUGGGGUAAAAGGACAAGGUGGAGGAGAUGGUAGUGGUGACACAGAUGCAAGUGGUAAAGAAAAAGGACAAGGUCGAGGAGAUAGUAGUGGUAAUACAAAUGCAAGUGGUAAAGAUGAAGCUAAAGAUAAAGCUGAAGUUGAAGGAAAAUUUGGAGGACAGGGAAAGGUCGAUGGAAAUAGUGGUGGAAGUGACGGCUCUAAUGAUUCCGGUAGGGUAAAAGGACAAGGUGGAGGAGAUGGUAGUGGUGAUACAGAUGUAAGUGGUAAAGAAAAAGGACAAGAUGGAGGAUAUGGUAGUGGUAAUACAAAUGCAAGUGGUAAAGAUGAAGCUAAAGAUAAAGAUGAAGUUGAAGGAAAAUUUGGAGGACAGGGAAAGGUCGAUGGAAAUAGUGGUGGAACUGAUAGCUCUAAUGAUUCCGGUGGGGUAAAAGGACAAGGUGGAGGAGAUGGUAGUGGUAAUACAAGUGCAAGUGGUAAAGAUGAAGCUAAAGCUGAAGCUGAAGCUCAAGCUAAAGCUAAAAAUGAAGUUAAAGCUGAAGAUGAAGCUCAAGCUAAAGUUAAAGAUGAAGCUAAAGCUGAAUCUGAAGCUAAAGCUAAAUCUAAAGAAGAAGCUAAAGUUGAAGCUAAAGCUAAAGCUGAAGCUAAAAGUGAAGCCGAAGAUGAAGCUAAAGCUAAAGCUGAAGGAAAGGCUGAAGCUGAAGCUGAAACUGAAGCAAAAGCUGAAGCAAAGGCUGAAGCAAACACUGAAGCAAAAGCAAAAGCUGAAAUAGGAGGACAAGGAAAAGUAGGUGGAAAUGGUGGUGGUGGUGAAGCCGAAGCUGAAGCUAAAGCUAAAGCUGAAGGAAAGGCUAAAGCUGAAGCUGAAGCCAAAGCUGAAGCGGAAGCAAAAGCCGAAGCUGAAGCUGAAGCAAAAGCCGAAGCUGAAGCCGAAGCAAACACCGAAGCAAAAGCCAAAGCAAAGGCUGAAGCAAAGGCCGAAGCAAAAGCCGAAAUAGGAGGACAAGGAAAAGUAGGUGGAAAUGGUGGUGGUGGUGAUGGUGGUUUUAAAUUUGGUCUUGGAGGAAAAGUAGAAAAAGGAGGAGGGUUUAGUGGAGGCCACUAA